UUAAUGAAUACAUUGAGGACAUCCUCGAUACAAAUAAUUGAUUAUCAAGAAACCAACUCUAAUUUCUCAAAGAUUAGGAAAUAACUAAUAACUUUUUGUGAGCUAAGUUAUUGAAGUCAUUUCACUGAUAACAAGAAAUGAGAACAAUGAGCAAGACGGCCAAAAGAGAAGUUGAAGCAAACUGGUCCAUUAUUUUGUGCUUCAAAUGGAAAUUUGAUUGAUUCGGGUGAAUGGUUGAGCUCCUAGAAAUACUUAGUAGUGAGUUGGUGGUGGUGGGGAAGCAUAAAUGUAUACUGGUGGAGGAGGUGAUUUCACAGGUGGAGGAGGAGACUUUACCGGUGGAGGUGGAGGAGAAGGAGAUGGUGGAGGAGGUGACUUGUAGUAGUAGGGAGGUGGUGGAGAAGGUGACGGUGGAGGAGGCGACUUGUAGUAGUAGGGUGGAGGUGGUGAUGGGGAUGGUGGAGGUGAUGGAGAUGGUGGUGGUGGGGACUUGUAAUAGUAUGGUGGAGGAGGAGACGGCGAUGGUGGUGGCGGAGACUUGUAAUAGUAUACUGGUACAGGUUUUGGUGAUGGUGGAGGUGGAGACUUGUAGUAAUAAGGAGGUGGGGGAGACUUAGUUGGUGGUGGCGGAGAUUUAUAAUAGUAAGGUGGUGGAGGCGAUGGUGACGGGGUGGUGGUGA